GUCCGACCAGUAUAACGAAGGCUAUGGGCCUCCUAGCUGCCUUAUUCACCGUGCUGAAAGCGCGGCUUGACUGCGAGCCCAAGCUACCUCUGAGUUCCCUGAAAUUAAGCAUCUUGCACAGCAGAGAUCAGGACAGGCGAUCGAUACCAGGAUCCGUGGCACCCAGAGUGGUAAUGAAGGGAAAAAGCGCGGGCGUCCCGCGAAACACGCUUCCAUGGAACUUGGUGACUGCCAGUGGGAGGCGAUGCAAGCAGUGUUGACAUCCUACACUGACAUACCGACGCGAUCAUCCUCAAACGGAUAUCUUAUCACUCAUAUAAUAUUAGAGUAACCUUAUUCAUGCG